GGAUACCCUUACAUAGGUCGGUAAUUAGAUUAGGGGUGUCUUGAUGAAAAAAUUAGAUUAGGGGUGGCAAAGGUCAGGUCCUGAUCAGACCAAUUGACCAAACGAUGAAAAUUACAUUCUAAUAAUUAAAAAUUUGGAAUAUCAAGAAUUGGUCCAUCAUUUCAAUUGGUCCGGUUUGAUUUGAUUCAAAAUAUUUUCAUUUUUCAACAUUAAUAAAAUUCAUGAAAUCAAUGAUCGGACCGCAUUAUAUUCAAUUCGAUUAGUGCGAUCCAAAAGAUCGGUUUGAGCCGAUGUCAAUCAAUCAUUGCGCACCCCCAAUUUAGAUAUCUUGGGUUAAAUAUUCUUCAUACAAUCUUAGUUCAAGAAUAUACCCGGUAUAUAUACACCGUAUUCUUUUUUUAGUUCAACAUGAAAUUGGUUGUCUCCUAAGCAUCCACCAUUUGCAAAGAUAAUAAGCAAAACAAACAUAGCUGCAUAAUACUAAAUAUUUAGCCGAAAAAGAAUACAUUUGUUUGGUUGAAUUAGAGCAUAUGGUUGGAUUUGACAACCCUUACCUCCCUGAUUUCUCACGAGUAACUCAACUCAAUAUGGAAUAAGAUCAUUGGAAUGUAAAGUCAACUAAUGCACAAUCAAUUUCGAUCAACCUGUAGAGUAGAGUGGUGUUAUGACAUUGUACAACAAUAAUCUUGACUCAUUCCUUCGCAUUUACUGCCAUGCUUGCAAUUCGUUGUGAACCAUUCAAGCUCCAGUUCUUGGAAUUCACUCUUAUUUCUCAAGAACCUACAAAUAAGAAUCCAAAUGCAUCAUAAACACAUCAUAAGGAAUACUGAAUUCAACGUGUUACCCCAGCUAAACACUUGACGACGGAGAUUCUUGGAAUUCACUCUUCUGUCUCAAGAACAUAUAGACAGGAACUCAAAUGCAACAUAAACACUUUAUAAAGAAUUCGGAAUUGAACGCAAAACCUGAGUUAAACACUUUUUUCUAAUGAUGAUCUCAUUUUAUUGAACCAAAAUUUUAGAAAAGGACAAAGUAAAUCAUGAAACAUAAGCAGGCACCCAAACAUACAGGCCAUAAAAGAAGACAUAGGCGCUGGAGAGUGCAGGGUGCUCCUGUUCAAAACAAACCAUCUUUUACGAAUUAAAAAUAAUUAUUUUUCUUGCUCCCAUAUAACUGCUCCCUAAUAGUAUGUGAAUCGUAGGCAAACCAUAAAAGAGCCAAACCAAGACAGAUACAAUUGUAGGGAAGUUACCUCUUUUUGCUGCAACUGCAGCUACUGCUCACUGCUAUUUCGUGUUCAUGGUUCCUUUUAUCUAAUCCCUUGUCAAACCACAAAAGGACAGUAUUGUCAAGGUUCCUUACUCUGAUAUCUCAUGUUCAUGGUUGUUUUUUAUCUAAUCAAUUGAUGAAUCACUUCAUCUACAAUAUCAAUAAAUUUGGAUCUAAAUUCACUAUCAUAUCUGAGCAGGCUUAUUCGUUCAACUUUAUGUCAAUGACAACCCAUAUUCUCCAUUCAAACAAAAUCGCAGAUUAAUCACAAUCUCUGCAGCCGUAGUAGAGCAACGAAUUCGGACCUGCAAAUGAUGUGAGGGCAGCCUUCAGUCCUCUCCACGUACAAUUUGCACUGCGGACAUCGCCGUCACUCGUUGCUCUUGGCCAUAUCCAUCACCGUGAUAUCUUCCCUGCCAGGCUCAUCCUGCCCCAGCCCCUGGAACCCUUCGCAGAACAACCUGUGGCAGUAGGGGGACUACCACUCUCUUUCGUUGGAGAAAUGCAGGAAUCAAGCCUCCGAUCGAGCAAGGGGAAGCAACGCACAAAGAUACAAACGGAUAUUAGAGGAGAAUUGUCGGCGGUGGGUUUUCAAGCGGAGCGCACGAUUGGAGAUGGAAGGUGUCAAGUCUGCCAGCUGUCUACCUUCCUAACACUCUCUCUCUCUCUCUCUCUCUCUCGUUACAGCGUUGCACGAUUGCAUCUUCGAUAUGAAGAGGGGAAGAAACGCAAACUGAAACCUCCGUUGACCGAUUUCCAAUUCCAGUUCUGUGAAAUGCAGCAGGGAGAGACGAAGAAGACCGACAAAUGGGCUUUCUAGUGAAUUUAAGGCCCAGAGAACGGGCGGCUCUGGCUUAAGCACAAUUAAAAACUUCCUCCGAUAGUACUUCGCAAAACACACUUAGGCCAGAGAGUUUUGAAUUGGAUGAGCAACUUUACUUUUCAGCUAUAAUAAAUAAUAUAGAUGUUGUUAUAAAACUAAUGAAAAUAUAAACAACUACAAGAGAAGAUUAGAGAGGAAAAGACACAAGAGAAGAGAGGGGAAGAGUUCUUCUUAUUCAUUCUUCACUUUUGAUACAAUGGUGUGCUAUAUUUAUAGGCAUACUUUGGUAACCACUACAUCCUUAUAUCAAUGUAUAUGAAUGAGAGAUAAUAAUGUAGAAAUAGGGGUUACAUGUAACUCCCAAGUGAGCAUCUAAUGUGGUAGGUCAUUGGUCAUCCAUAUAUCAAUAUUUACAUAAUACUCCCCCUUGGAUGACCACUAGAUUGCAUUACGCUAUAUCAUACUGCCUCAUUAAAAACCUUACCAGGAAAACCCAUUGGGAAAAAACCAUAGUUAAGGGAAAAAGAGUGCAGUGCGUAUAUGCUCCCCCUCAUGACCACAUCACUUCAGAUUAUUGAGUCGUUGAACUCAAAUUUCACGAACAACUUUUAGAAAGAUUGUUGUCGGGAGUGAGUUAGUGAACAAUCUUCUAGAUUGUCAAUUUGAUGCAUGAUCUUUAGAUUUUCUUCAUACAUGAUCAUCAGGAUCAUUUAAUUUAGAAAUAGUUUACAACCACAGGUCCUUUAGAUAUGGUGAAUCACAAAGUGUAACGAAAUACAUUCAGGACUUGCCUACUAUAGUUUGUUUUGGAUAUCUAUGAAACAAUCACAUCACCAUAUGUAAGAGAUAGCUCGUCUCUGAUCAACUAAUAUGAGGAUCAAAUGAUAUAUAUGAUUUGGAUAUAUAGUUUACCAAAUCUCUCUUUGAUAAUACCAUAAUAGAACAAUCGCAUAUAUUGUUCGUGGAGGUAACAAAGUAUCUUCCAACGUUCUAAUGAGGAAAACAUUGUAUCUUGCCAAUAUUAUCAACACCAAAAUGAUAGUUUAUAUGGUGCUUGGCUAGCAAGGUGCAUUGGUGCUCUAAUGCAUCAACAUAUGGUACUUCAGGACCUAAUGUUUCACUUCUUUCUUGAUUUCUAAAUGGAUCUUAGGUCACUUCUAGUGAUCUUAGGAUCCUAAUGUUAUUUGAUGAACACAAUUCGUUCAUGCAAAAUUACUUUCCCACUUUUUCAACAUUACCUUCCUUGCCCAUAAAAAGGAUCUUAAAUCCUUCAAUUUAACUUAUGUCUCUAAGCAAUCAACUGCUUUAGGAAGCUCUUCAGGAGAUCCAAUAAUAGUCAUAUCAUCAACAUAAUAUGAGAUCGUCACAAAAACAACUUAACUAACACAAAUUGAUGCAAGCAAUUCUUUCAUAUAACGAAAGAUAAUAACAAAACUCACAUCAUAGAAACAUAUGAACUAGACAAAGCACAGUCAUAAAACACAACUCAUACUUUAAAGUAAAACACAACUCAUAAACCAAGAUUUAAAAUCCUUGAAGCACAUACAACAACACAACUAUAUAUGCACAAUGCAAAUGCUCUAAUGCACUCUAUCCGGAUUUAACCUUUUAAGGUCCAUUCACCCCACUGUUGUAGGUGUUCACUUAGACGAGUAUUUCACAUUCGUCUAUAUUGUCUCAACCCACACAACGGAUUUUCUUAGUCUAUCUAUAUAUGUUCUCGAGAACUUUACUUGUUUACUUCACGUAAAUUAAUCCUUCUGGGAGUUUCAAAUAUAUUUAACAUCUUCAGGGAAUUCAAACAAAUAGGCUAUCACAACAAUUUUCAAACAUUGAUUUGAAAAGGUAGUUGCAUCCACCACAGGGGAGUAUAACUCAUCUUAAACAAUGAUAGGUCUCUUCGAGAAACCCAUUGCAAAACAUUAUGCGAUAUCUCUCACAAUUUCAUACUUUCCAAUAGCACAAAAAUUUGUUUGUAUCCCGCUAGUUUUGCCCUUUUUUAGGUGCAAGGACUUCUGGUCCUUAAACUCUAUGCUCCUUGAGCAAGUUUCAUGAUUUCUUUCUAUAUUGGCCAAUACCAUCAUCAUUUGCAUGUAUCAAUAGAGUUUUACUCUUGAUCCUCACUUGUACAUAUCAUAUUCAGUACUGAAGUACAACAAACAAAUUUCAUAGACAAUGAUUUCAUUACGGUUCUAGUAUUGUAGUUUAAUAUGGUUUUGAGAUCUCUUCGCUUUCACAACUUUCAGAGACAUGUGUUCUUCUAGAACUAAAAUUAUAUUUUAUUCUUGGUUACUCUUCUUGAGUUUUCAUGUCCUCGAGUUGACCAUUCUAAUUACAACUCCUUUUCUAUCUCGAGGAUGUUUAUCAUUGGAGCCGAUUGGUCUAUCAUGCUUCAUGCGCUCUUUCAUACAAAUUUUUUAUAUUAGAGUAUCCAACAAGGAUGUCAAAUUUAGUUGGAGCAUUCACAGCUAGUAUAUGUGACUUGGUCACUUCGUAUGGCCAGUAAAGGCAUUUGAUAGUUGAUAACGAUAAUUCAUCUUAUGAACUUCAGGUUCAUGUUUCUUACCUUGAGGAUCAAAACUAGAUAAUGAUAACUCAUUCCAACUCAUCUCUUUGUCUAACUGUUUUUUUCUCUCCCCUUAAUGUUGGAAAAGUGAUUCAUCAAAACAAUAAUUUCGCAAACAAAUUUUCCAUUUGGGAUUCAUACCCAACACAAUUCUCAAUUUCCAACGAGAAUCAACUUAAGAUACUAUGGUGGAGCAAUUGGGAUGUAUGCGGCACACCCUGAUAUUCUCAUAUGAGAAAUGUUAUAUUUUUGACCAAAAUCAUUUGUAGGGGGAACUUAUGAUAACUUGUUGGUUAGAUGUGAACCAAUACUAUCACUUGCCAGCUAGCAUGUCCUCGACAAGAGAUCAGAAGGCUUAGUUUGUUCUCUUAAGCAAAGUGAUGUUUGAUUGGAUAAUCAUAAAAAUGUAUCCAUAGUGAGGCAAUCAAUCUCGCAAACAUCGGGUUGCGAUUAGAUAAAAUAAAAGUGAUCAUAUAAAAUCUCAAGAGAUUUGCCAACUCUUAUACAAGCUCUGAUUAAUUGUUCUAUUCUCCUUGAGAACAAACAUGGCAUAAUAACUCUUUUAAUUGAAGAGUUCUUUGACUUCUCAUAUGAUGUUCUCAUGAAUUCUCAAAGAACUUUUUUCACAUCAAGAUCCGGGAUGGUCUAACCGGACCAACCAAUUAUCAAGUUAUCAAAUCUUGUAAACUUCUGGUUUACACUUUUAUGUGUACGGAUUGUACUAAUAUACAUGUAGUACAUAUUUGUGAUGCAAAUAUUAGUUUCACUAUUUUCUUGAUAAGGUAUUCAUUUUACGAAUAUCCUUUUAAUUGGGUAAUGCAUCAUCAUUAGGUAAUUUGGUUCCUUCAGGCCACAAAAUUAGCUCCUUUAAAGCUUUUUACCAUAUUUUGUACCAUAUUCCACCCUUCCGGGGACUUAUGAUUUGAUGCAUUCUUAGCAAACACAUAUUCAUAGUGAAUAUCAUCACAAAUUAUUAUCUCGAGUACAUAAUUUAGUUACUUCAAUUAACCAAACAUAAGCUUUUCGGAAGCUUUUUCUCAUUUAUGUACUCUACCAUAUAGUUUAUAUGGAAUUUUUCUAACAAUCAUACUUUACAAAAACAUACUAAAAUAAUAAAUGAGAAUAUUUCAA